AUGUCUGUCCCGCAACUCCUUCGCUCCGAGGUCGUUCUGGAGAAGUACGGCAAAUCGCUUGCGGGCAAAACAGUCUUGAUCACUGGUGUCUCCGAGCAGUCCAUUGCAGGUGAACUUGCCAUCCAGCUAGCCGCCGCCGAUCCGAAGCUCUUGAUCCUGAGUGCACGUAACGAGCCAAAUGCAACCCCAAUCAUCAAACAGAUCAAGGAGUCCAAGCCCAAUGUCGAGACACGCUUUCUCAACAUGGAUCUCGGCGACUUGAGCAAAAUUCGCCAAGCAGUCAAAGAGGGUCUCGCAGAUGUGCCCAGGAUUGAUCAUGCGGUCUUUGUAGCCGGUGUGAUGGCCUGUCCUUUCUCCAAAACCAAGGAUGGCUUUGAGAUGCAGUUCGGCGUGAAUUAUCUUGCGAACUUCCUCCUGGUGAAGCUCCUCCUGCCAAAAGUCCAGGCAGCUGGCCCGGAGUCAUCGAUUAUCAUUACGUCGAGCGCUGUGAUGAGACAAGGCAAGGUUCAUUUCGACGACCUUGGUUUCAGCGACGGAAAGAUCUAUGAGCCAUGGGCCGCGUACGGUCAGUCCAAUGCCGCGCGCACCAUGUUCGCAAAAAGGCUUGGUGAAAAGUUGAAGAGCCAAGGUAUCCGUGUCUUCAGCAUUGAUCCUGGCUCUGUCAACUCCGGCUUGCAAAGACACUGCCCUCCAGGUUUCAUGGAAAUGGUCAAGGAAUGGGAAAAACCUGGCUCCCUUGUGGAUGCCGAUGGAAACAAAUUUGACAUGCAACCUUGGGCAACUCAGUCAGAAGGAGCAGCGACUAUCAUCACAGGAAUGAUUGAUUCUACAAUCUCAGUCGUUGACUAUAACGGAUCGUUCUUGAGCCAAAACGCCGUGGCAAACGAUCAUAUGCACUCGCAUGUCCGAGACGAACGGAAUAUUACGCGUCUUUGGGAGAUAAGUGAGGAGAUGAUCCAGGAGAAGUAUACAUGGUAG